AUGAAAAAGGGAGCUCUCAUAGGGUGCGGGUUCUUUGCCCAGAAUCAUCUGCAUGCCUGGCAAGAAUUGAGCGGCGUCGAGAUUUCGGCCCUGUGUGACCGGGAUACUGCCCGGCUCAGGGGGACAGCUGACAGGUUCAAUAUCGAACGCACCUACGCGGAUGCCGCCGAGCUCCUGAAUGCUGAGGAGCUGGACUUUGUCGAUAUUGCUACGACGGUCCAGACCCAUCGCCCGCUUGUCGAACUUGCAGCGACUUCGGGGGUCAACAUCAUUUGCCAGAAGCCAUUCGCCGAUACCAUGGAGGAUGCACAGGCGAUGACGCGUGCUGCCGACGAUGCCGGCGUAACACUGAUGGUGCAUGAAAAUUUCAGGUGGCAGUCGGCCAUCCGGGCGGUGAAGGACGUCCUGGACAGUGGACGGAUUGGAAACCCUUUCUGGGGCCGCGUGAGUUUUCGCUCCGCCUACGAUGUCUAUUCAGGCCAGCCUUAUCUUGCGACAGACGACCGCUUCAUCAUUCAGGACCUCGGCAUUCACAUACUGGAUAUCGCCCGUUUCCUUUUCGGUGAUGCACGCUCCAUUGCCGCGAGCACAAAGCGCGUCAAUCCGCUGAUCAAAGCAGAGGAUGUGGCGACCAUGAUGCUGGUUCACGAGACCGGGGUCACCAGCAUUGUCGACUGCAGCUAUGCUUCCUUGCUGCCGCGCGAGAACUUUCCCGAAAGCCUCCUUGAGGUCGACGGGCACACUGGGUCAUUGAGACUGUUGCCCGGCUAUCAGCUUGUGAUUCAGUCUGCCGACGGCACCGAGCAGCAGGACGUUUCCCCGCCCUUGCUGCCCUGGGCCGAGCGGCCAUGGCACAACAUCCAGGAAAGCGUGCGCAACAUACAGGAGCACUUUAUCGACUGCCUGAACGCGUCUGCUUCGCCCGAAACGUCGGGUAAGGACAAUCUGAAAACGCUGGAGUUGGUCGAGGCUGCCUAUCUGUCUGCCACCGACGGAAAUCGAACCAUUCAGCUGACCGGUUCAUGA